AUGGUGUUCACAUUAUUCGGAUAUGUGGUCUACUUUCAACCAAAGUUCCGUGUCGUUAGAAUAGAAAGUGAUGGAGCCCACGAGGCUAUGCUGUCUCAAAACCAGACGCCAAAGGCCGUCAAAAGUAAAGAGGCUAAGAGUUCUGAGGAAUAUGAAGCGCUGCAGAGUUUCCUUCGCAGCAUCAGCUCGACAGCUACACUGCCGCCCUAUGUAAAGGGCGAGACGUACUCCUCUGUACGAGGAGUUUUUAACCAGUGCCUUAUAACAUGUGCAGUACUAAUAUUGGCCGCGGGUGCAGGACAUCCCAUCGGCUUCUCCGCUGUUGCAUUACCUCAGCUACGUAAUGAGAAUUCUACACUCAGGAUAGAUGAUGACAUGGGAUCGUGGAUUGCCAGUAUUCAUUCUGCAGCAACACCGCUAGGCUCAAUGUUGUCCGGACCAAUAAUGGAGGCCAUAGGUAGACGACGGACUUUGCAAACUUCCACUUUACCACUAGUUAUUGGAUGGAUUCUCAUAGGGACAGCAUCUCAUCACGCACUUUUGCUGUUGGGACGAGUCGUUUGUGGAUUUGCUGUUGGUAUUAUGGCAGCACCUUCACAAGUAUACCUAGGAGAAAUAUCAGAGCCAAGACUGAGAGGCUUGCUAAUAGGAACUCCAUUUGUGGCGUAUUCCCUAGGAGUGCUCUAUGUGUAUGCCCUCGGGGGUGCCCUUGAAUGGAGACAAGUGGCCUAUCUCUCAAUAUUACUGCCUGUUUUAGCCUUCGUGGCUUUAUGCUUCUCACCAGAAAGUCCAACUUGGUUGGCACGACGAGGGCGCUUCCAUGAGGCAAUGGCAGCAAUGUCAAGGCUAAGAGGAGACUCAGAUACGGCACAAAGAGAACUUCAUGAAUUAAUAUCGGCCCGGGAAAAAGAAAAGGCUCGAGGUGAGGAGACAAUACCUUUCUUCGCGACUGUACUACGUCCUCCAGUCUUGAAGCCGCUGUUGCUUAUCAAUGCAUUCAACAUGAUGCAAAUCCUCUCUGGCAGUUACGUGGUGAUAUUCUACGCGGUUGACAUCGUAAAGGACUCUGGAGGAUCUCUGAGUCCACAUCUGGCUGCCAACGCAAGUGCCCUAGUCAGGCUCGCAGUGACUGUUUUAGCGUGUGUGAUGCUACUUAAAGUAACGAGGAGAGCACUUGUCCUAGUGUCAGGGAUUGGAGCAACUGCGUGUACCCUGAGUCUAGCCUUCCUUUUAUCUCAAGGACCGGGCAGCGGCGUGGUCCCUCCAGCCCUUAUUCUCGGAUACGUGGCAUUUAACACCCUAGGUUUCUUCCUCCUACCAGGUCUUAUGAUCGGGGAACUGUUACCGACAAAGGUCCGUGGACUCUGCGGAGGUUACAUUUUCUGUCUUUUCAAUGCAGUCCUCUUCGGCUUCACAAAACUUUACCCGGUUAUGAAAAACGUUAUAGGCAUGGCUGGAGUCUUCGGCUUGUUCGGAGCUUCGUCCGCACUAGCCACAAUUGUACUCUUCCUACUUCUUCCAGAGACAAAAGGAAAAUCCUUAAUACAAAUAGAACAGUAUUACCAAAAACCAAACAUUCUAUGGGUUACCAGAAAUAAAAUGGACAAUGGGCAGAGCAUCUAA